UUCUUUGUAUUAUCUAUAAAAAGCAUGAGGCUUGAAGACUAAGUUGGUCAUUCUUUCUUGGCGACUCCAAAAAAACAAAGAUGGGACUCUGUUUCCAACUCAACUUAGCAUCUCUGUCUCUCAUACUCUUCUUCUCUUCAUUCCAUGCACAUUCUCAACAACAAUUCUUGGGACAAAACAACACAGGCUCAAGCUUGUUGAGUAGAGGGAGAUGCAAUUUGUCUAGAGGCAAAUGGGUCUAUGACUCUUCAUAUCCUCUCUAUAGUGCUUAUACUUGUCCUUUUAUCGAUUCUGAGUUCAAUUGCCAGAAAGCUGGUCGUCCUGACACUAACUAUCAGCACUUCCGAUGGCAACCUUUCUCCUGUCCUCUCCCAAGAUUCGAUGGGGCGAAUUUUAUGAGGAGAAUGAGAGGGAAGAAGAUAAUGAUGGUAGGUGACUCACUGAGUCUCAACAUGUUCGAAUCGUUGGCUUGUUUGCUUCAUGCUUCUCUCCCUAAUGCUAAGUACUCUCUUCGUCGUAACCAGCCUCUCACUUCCCUCACUUUCCAGGAAUAUGGAGUGACGAUAUAUCUGUACAGAACACAGUUUCUAGUAGACGUAGUUCAAGAAAAGGCAGGACGAGUGCUUGUACUUGACUCCAUCAAACAAGCUAAUGCUUGGCUUGGCAUGGACGUUCUUAUCUUCAACUCGUGGCAUUGGUGGACUCACACUUCCGGACUCCAGCCGUGGGAUUACAUGAGGGAAGGAAACCAAUUGUACAAAGACAUGAACAGGCUUAUUGCUUAUUACAAAGGACUAAACACAUGGGCUCGUUGGAUUAACCAUAACAUUGACCCUUCACGCACUCAAGUCUUCUUUCAAGGUGUUUCUCCUGUCCACUAUGAUGGAAGAGAGUGGAACGAACCAUUGAAGUCGUGCAAGGGCCAAACUCAGCCGUUCAUGGGACAAGGAUAUCCAGGAGGACUACCUUUAGGAUGGGUUGUGGUUAACAAAGUGUUGAGUAGAAUCAAGAAACCGGUCCAUCUUCUCGACCUCACUACUCUCUCGGAAUAUCGCAAAGACGCACACCCAAGCCUCUACAAUGGUCUCUCACAGGGUCUAGACUGCAGCCAUUGGUGUCUCCCUGGUCUACCUGAUACUUGGAACUUACUUCUCUAUGCAUCUCUCACUUCUUAGUUCUCGUUUCACAUAUUUGAUUAUUUUUCUACCAUUUGAUGAAUAAUUCGUGAGGUUCCUGUGAUUGUGAUUGAUAUUUUUCCUUUGUAAUUUAAUCCUAAGUGUAAUUAAAGAUUAAAUACAAAUGUUACAUGCAUCAACGGUUUAAUAUAUUUCUCCAUA